AUGAAGUCAUUCUCUAUUGCCAUGGCCAUGCUGGCCGCCACUGGUAUGGCCUCCGCCGCCAGUGUUUCUGCCUCGGAUUGCGCUCAAAUGUGCAUCUCCAACAUGAACGCCAAGGCCUCCGAGCUUGGAUGUACUUCUGGUGACAUGGACUGCCUCUGCAAGUCUGAGAACUACUCCAACGGUAUCCGCGACUGCACCCAGGAGGCCUGCCCCGACGACAAUGCCUCGACUGUCCUCUCCAUGGCUCUGGAGAGCUGCCCUAGCUCCUCCACUAGCUCCAGCACUGGCUCUGGUUCCAGCUCCACCAGCUCUGCCUCUGGCAGCAGCUCAACCGGUAGCAUGACCGAUAGCAUGACUGGCACCUCCACUGGCAGCGACACCACUUCUUACACCACCAUGACCACCAGCGUCGAUGGUACUCUGACCACCGAGACCAAGGCCAUCAGCAAGACCACUGACUACACCACUAUCACCACCAGCGUUGAUGGUACCCUGACCACCGAAACCAAGGCCAUCAGCACUGGCACCAAGACCGGCAGCGCUGCCGAGUCCACCACUAUCACCACCUCGGUCUCCGGUACCUUGACCACUGAGACCAAGGCUAUCACUGACUCCAUGACCACCGGUACCACCAUGAUCACCACCACUGUCUCUGGCACCCUCACCACCGAGACCAGCGCCGUCACUGGCACCGAGACCUCCACCGGCUCUGACUCUGGCUCCGGAUCCGAGACCUCCUCCACUGGUUCUGGAUCUGCUCCGUCUACCAGCUCUGGUGCUGCUCACCCCAUGGCCACUGUCGGCACCGGUGCUUUCGGUGUUCUCGGUCUGGCUGCCAUGAUGGUCCUGUAA